GCUGAGGGACGGCCCCGGCGCAUGCGCAGGAUAGGCCGCCUCGACGCCUAGUUGGGUGCGAGCGAGACACAAACAGCCUUGGAGCGCAUGCGCGGCCAGGUGCCUACCCGUGGGGAGCGCAGGCGCAGAUGAGUCGAAGGUGCCAGAAAGAUUGAAACGGCGGCGGUGACGGCUGUGGGUGACGGGAGAUCCGAUCCUUGUGUGGUGAAACUGGGAAUCUGAAAGAAUUUUCCUUCAAGGCUUCAGAUCAGUUUCUGUAUUUUCUUAAUUUAACUUGGCAAGAGACUCUUCUUUUUCCGUCUGUUUUCAGAAUACAGUGUAUCUGUUCAAUCCUAGCUUGUAGUCUUUAAAGGUUCCUAGGAUUUGUGUUUUUACAUGGCUGACAUGAGAAGGCAACUUUUUGCCCACAUUUGGGAAGAGGAAGAAUGCCUUGAAUAUUAUGGGAUGGUUUCCCUGCAUCAGAUGUUUGAAGUCAUUGGUUCUCAGCUCACAGAGAAUGAUGUGGAAGUGCUCUCGUUCCUUCUGGAUGAGACACAGCCCUGGACUCAUCCAUUGGAUCCGGCCCUUUGGACUGUGGCGGCAGAAGAAGAAGGUGGUUCUGAGCUUACCUCACCGGCAUUAGAAAACUGGAAGAGGAAAAAUCCAUGCUGGUGUAAUUUGGGCAGGAACAACAGCAACCUUGAGGCAGUUGCAGAGAAAUGGCAGCCAAAGAAUGGUGUCCAACUGCUCCUGGAAUUGGAGAGGAGAGGCAAAUGUGAUGAAACCAACUUUGUGCAGCUUUUACAGCUCCUGAGGGUGCUAACAAGGCAUGAUCUAUUGCCAUAUGUUACCCUGAAAAGGCAGCGUACAGUUUCUCCUGAGAGAUACACCUAUGGACCAUCUGUUCUGUCAGCAGACCAACAAAUGGACAACUGUCUGAAUUCAGCCUCUUCAGAGCCUCGACAUGAUCAGUGGGAGACAGGCUCCAAUUCGAGCAAAAGGAAGCGAGUAAGCAGAGGUCGAUCUAAGGCUACUUCUCUUUGUAGACGGCGGGGAGCUAAAGCGUCUUCUGCUCCAAAGCAGGAGGUUCCAGCUCCCACCAAAGUGACUUGUGACAUCCGGCUUCGUGUUCGGGCAGAAUAUUGUCAGCAUGAGCCUGUCUUGCGUCAGAAUGUGAUGUCCAAUAAGCAGAACCAUUUGGAGCGUCAGUUUGAUGUGUUUGGGCAGUCGAACACUAUCCUGAAAUCCCGCGACCUGGGCUCAAUCAUCUGUGACAUCAAGUUCUCAGAGCUCUCUUACCUGGAUGCCUUUUGGAGUGACUACAUGAACGGCUCUCUGCUUGAGGCAUUGAAAGGCGUCUUCAUCACAGACUCACUCAAAGAAGCUGUGGGCCAGGAAGCUAUUCGGCUGCUAGUCAACGUGGAUGAGGAUGAUUACGAGGAGGGUCGGCGUUUGUUACUGGAAAAUUUUAGUCCCCAGGUGUGGUAACGGCAACAGCUAGAUGACAUAGGGUACUUCCAUUUUUACUACUUGAUUAUUGUUGGAUAUAGACUUCAGGGAAACAAAAAAUUAAAAAAAAAAAACUUUAGAAAAUCAUUCCGUCAUGCGACAGGGCUGGAUCUUGGCAGCGACGGGAUUCCCAGGAAUCAAUUAUGCCACAGAAGCAUUGAAAGAACAAGCCAAGAAUGAUCUUGAUGGACAUUAGAUGUAGCAGAAUAUGAACAAAGGCAAUAAUAAUUCAGCCUGGAUUCCUCUCAUUUGGAGCAAAAAGGAAAAUCUUUGUGAGAGAUAAUUUUAUCUGCUAAUGAAGCAUUGAAGGGCCUUGACACUCUUAGCCUGACUUGUGUAUGUCAUGCUUGCUACCUGUACUUGUCAUUUUUGUAUGUGCUCUUGCAACACUGGAGAGUAAUUUUACAAAGUAGCAGGUACACUUGGUCAAAAGAUGGCAGCAGAGCAGACUCUUUCUUGGAAGAAAAACUUUACACUCUCAACGAUAGUGCUGGGGUAGAUUUCUUUUCUUUUAUGAAAAAAAUGCAACUUAGCCCCAUACUAUGAGGGUUGAUCAUAAGGGUGUGGAAGCUUGAGUCACUUUUCUAAGGACACUUUUCAAUUCUGUGGUUCUUUGUAUAUACUAUAAAUAAUAGACUUUAAAAAUAUGAAAAGGUUUGGAUUGUAUUUCUGGGUUAAGGAAGCUGCUAAAUUGCAGUUGGAAGAGCCAGAAAUAUGUAAUUUAAAAAUUGUAUUUUUUUUUAACCAAAAAAAACCCAAACAAAAACCACUUUUGGACAAAAUUCUUAAUGUACUGUAUUUGCAAGUGACAAUGUUAAUAAAGAAGAUAAUUUGCA